AUGAAGAUCAUCGGAGUUCUCAGCAUCCUGCUGUUCUGUGCGAUCCUCGGAUAUGGAAAAAAAUCUGUUUCAUUUCUGGAACCCAAUUGCGGACUUUCGAUUUCAUCGGGUAAGGCAACUGCCAGAAUAGUCGGAGGCGAAAUAGCCGAUAUGUAUGGAAAUCCAUGGAUGGCAUAUAUCAGGCACGACAGCUGGUGUGGCGGUUCCCUUAUCACAAACCGCUUUGUGCUCAGUGCUGCUCAUUGCAUCACUGGUUAUCCAGCGACGGUUUACUUGGGCCAAUUCGAUAUGUCUCGCAGCACUCCAAAUGGCAUUCAAGUUCCCGUUGAUGCACAAAUACCCAUACCGAAUAAACUGACUCCCUUCUUCAUAGACUUUAUCAGGCCCAUCUGUCUGCCAACCAACUUUAGUCCCUUGGAUCAGACAACGCAUCUGACUACCACUGGCUGGGGUAAAACGGAGAACGGAGUUCCGAGCAGUGUACUGAAGACCACCACCUUGACGCAAUACGAUCGCAGAGCUUGCUCCUCCAGGUACAACAGCAACGUGGAUAUAUCUCAGAUCUGUGCCGGAUCCCCGAGCUCCAGUAGUUGCAACGGAGAUUCGGGAGGUCCCAUCACAACCGUUUAUCCCAUCAACGGCACAGAUCGCGUCAUUCAGCUGGGAAUUGUCAGUUAUGGAGAUAUAUACUGCCGAUCCCUGGGGGUCUAUACGAAUGUUAUUCAUUAUAUGAGCUGGAUCACGAGUUACGUUCAGAAUCCACCAGCACCAACUCAGAGGCCGAAUAACAACAAUCCGACACAUAAUUAUCAUAAUAAUAAUAAUUAUUAUUACACCUAUCCUAAUUAUCCAUAUUACUAUUAUCCUAGAAACAAUUAUCCCAGUUACUAUUAUUCCCCUACGUACUAUUAUCCUAAUGUUUACUAUUAUCCUGGAAGUUAUACUCAAAAUUAUGGUUUCUAUGGUUAAUUUUUCUUUUAAAUUAAAUUCCAAACUGAAGAAACCCGUAUUUUUAUUAUUUUUAAGGUACUGAUCUCAAUCUUAGUUUUAAUCUUUGAAGUGAACUAACUAAAUUCAAACGUUCAAUGGGUUAGAAAUAAUAAAACCAAGGGUUUUCUUUUGAAGAAGAAUGUUUUUUCUGUAUAAUGCUGAAUCUUUAAUAUAUAUUUUUCCCAAAAUUAUGCUGAUAAUUCCAAGUUUCAACUCUGAUUAAGAAUUCAAGCAAACUAUAAAGCCAUUCUGGUUACUUGAAACUGCCAUUUGAACUUCAGAACCUCAGGCAAUUCUCAUCCAAAAUAAAAGAACAAGCAUACUUUCCAGAACCAUUUUGAUAUGUUUUUAAUUUUCUGACCGAAGCACUGAUUAUUUCAAAAUAAAUAAAAUGAAUACUGUAACCUUAACAGCUCCAGUGAACUCUCGAUUCUAAGAACUCAUUGUUUCUUAAUUAACGCCAGUCUGCGGUUAUCAGUCUUCUAUAUAUGUAAAUACAUCAAUUACCAUAUCAAUCCAAGACCCCAGGCUUAUCAUCGGAAUGGAAGAAUAAUAAAUGCUUUUGUGUCGCCAUCGGAUUAAUUAGUCAGACAGUCAAUAUGAAAAUCACUGGAGGUCUUACCAUCGUCCUGCUAUACUGUGCGAUUUUGGGAAAUGGCCAGAAAUCAGUGUCAUUUCUGGAGCCAAAUUGCGGACUUACAAAUUCAAGAGCGCGUACUUCAAGAUACAGAAUAAUCGGAGGGGUAACAGCGGAUAUGUACGGACAUCCAUGGAUGGCAUUUAUAAGAAGCAACGUCGAUUGUGGUGGCUCCCUCAUCUCAGACCGUAAGUCAAACUAAACUUAAUUAUAUUCCAAGGAGACGAACUAAUCAAGUUGGAUUAUUUCCAGGCUUUGUGCUUAGUGCAGCUCAUUGCAUGACUGGCCAUCCAACGUAAGUAAUUUUAACAAGGGAGAUCUUGGGUUAAGCUUAAUUAGUUAUCCUUUCGUAGGACGGUUUACUUGGGUCAGUUCGAUAUGUCUCGCGGGACUGCAAAUGCCAUUCAAGUUCCCGUCGAUCUACAAAUACCUUAUCCGCAGUAUACAAAUACCAAGAAAGACAUCAAGAAUGAUAUAGGCCUGUUUCGGCUGGCUAGAACAGUGCAGUAUACAAGUAAUACAACUUAUUAAUUUAUUAAACCAUAACGAAUAAACUUCCUUCCUCAUAGACUUUAUCAGACCCAUCUGUCUGCCAACCAACUACAAUCCCUUGGCUCAAACUAGUCAACUGACUGCCACUGGCUGGGGUAAAACGGAACACGGAGUUGCGAGCAGUGUACUGAAGACCACCACCUUGACGCAACACAAUCGCGGGACUUGCUCCUCUACGUUUAAGACCAAUGUGGACAUGUCCCAGAUCUGUGCCGGAGCCUCCAACUCCGCUACGUGUAGCGGAGACUCGGGAGGUCCCAUCACAGCCGCUUAUGCCAUUGCCGGCAGGAACCGAGUCAUUCAGCUGGGAAUCGUCAGUUACGGAGAGCAGUUCUGCCGAACGGUUGGGGUUUAUACAAAUGUAAUGCACUAUAUAAGCUGGAUCACGAAUGUCGUUCGAAGGGCAGGAUCAGCACCAGCACCAACUCAGAGGCCGAACCACAAUGAACCGACACAUACUAACAAUAAUAAUAAUAAUAAUAUAUAUUAUUAUUAUCCCACUCCCAAUACACCUUAUGACUAUACUCCUAGGCAAGAUUCUCCCAUGUACUAUUAUCCUGAUAGUAACUCUCCUACUUACUAUUAUCCCAAUGGCAAUGCUCCUGUUUACUAUAUGCCUAGUGGCAAUUCUCCCGUUUACUAUUAUCCUGGAAAUUAUGUGGUUUAUGGUUAAUUUAGUUACUUGUAAUAAAAACAAAAAUUUUCCUUUCAAGAAAUACAUGCUUCCGAAAAUCUAAUUAUACUUAUUAUAAUUUAGGUAUCCGUUCUACACUUCUAGAAUUCCCAGCUUAAAUUCCAGCGAGUUGGAAAUUCAUUCUGGCUAUAUAUUACUAUUACCAUUAGUGCUAAUCAGGGCCUGCAUCCCCUUAAUUUAUAGAAAAAAAUCCCGAAUAAACCAUUUUAUGGAUUUAUAUGUAUAAAUUUAACUACAUUUCUUUAGAAAUUCGCAGAAUGAAACUGGUAUAAAGCUUAAAGUUUGCCCUGCAGAUAAUUCAUUUAAGAAUUCAGUAUGAAGAUCUUCGGUUUCCUCGUCACCCUGCUCUCUUGUGCGAUUCUGGGUAAUGGACAACGUCCUCUGUCAUUCCUGGAACCUAAUUGUGGAUCUAAGCAUCUAAAAUAUAAUCCCAGAAUAAUAAACGGUGAAUCGACAAGUAUCCUAGAACAUCCGUGGAUGGCGUUUGUUAGCAGCAAAACCGAAUGUGACUCAUCUAGUAAGUCUUUCGAUAAAGAUAUUAUUUAAUGGAAUAUUUAACUAACUACUCUUGUUUUAGCAGGCUAUGGAGACUUUUGCAGAAGCAUGUGUGGAGGAUCGCUUAUAACAGCCAGUAAGUGUUGUUAGAAUUUUACCUAAGAUAUUACAUUAUAAAGAUUUAUUCUCUAUUAAGGCUUUGUAUUGUCUGCUGCCCAUUGCGAUUUCAACCGAUACACGUAAGUAGUUUCUUAGUCGAGAUGUGUAUAAGAAUUAAGACAGAUUUAAUUUUUAUAUCAAUUGAAAACUAGGUUUAAUCGAUUUUCCAACUAAUGUUCCAUCUAUUUGUAGGACUAUCAAAUUGGGCGAGUUCAGCUGGAAACAAUCCACAGCGAAUGGCAUUGAAAUUCCCGCCGUUGAAAAAAUUAAUCAUCCAGGAUACGAUCGUCAUCCAAAUCAUCCCAAGAAUGACAUAGCCCUCUACAGACUAGCCAGAAGGGUUACCUAUACAAGUAAUCUUAUGGAUAUCCUCUAACCAGUUCCCAUGUUUUAACCAUCUACCUUGCAGACUACAUCCGGCCUGUCUGUCUGCCCACCAACUUCAAUCCCUUGCCGCAAAUCUCGUAUCUAACUGCCACCGGUUGGGGUAACACGGAAUACGGAACUCCGAGCGAUGGGCUGAGAAAAGGCACUAUUAAGCAAAUCCAUCGUUCGACUUGUUCCUUAGCAUACGGAGUUAAUGUGGACAUGUCCCAGAUUUGUGUCGGAGAGUCCAGCUCUGCUACGUGCAGCGGUGAUUCGGGAGGCCCAAUCACGGCCUUUUAUCCCACCAAAAACAAACAAAUCGUCAUUCAGCUGGGAAUCGUUAGUUACGGAGCGAUAUCAUGCCGAUCGUUUGGGGUCUAUACGAAUGUAAUGCACUACAUAGGCUGGAUCAUGAAAACCGUUCGACGGGGCGGAUAUCAGAACACAAUAGCACCGAAUCGGAGGCCAAAUAAGAAUCAUCGCCAGACCACAAGAGCUCCCAAUGGAUGGACUGUUAAACCUCCUUACAAUUAUUACAUUGAUUGGACUUUCCUUAUUCCGAAACGUAUAUUCAAGUUUCACUCAUAGUUUAAUAAAAAAAAAGAUCUAGUUGAUCUACUUUGAAACAUUUUUCUUUGAUUUUUUUUGAAGAGUAAAAUGUGCUUUUAAAGCUAAGUUGUUUUGUGCUCAUUUGCGAUUAGGGAUGAAACCCCGGGGUCAAUCAGCUAUGGUCUUAUCUUCUGCGUUAACAAUGGAAAGCUGUCCAUGCUCUGCGAUCUACUAACAGUCCCAAGAUGAAGUUCCCGGAGCAAACACUACUGGCAGUGCUGGCCUGCUUAUCGCUUUCGUACAGCCAGGAGGCAGGCGAAUUUCUGGAGGAACCCUGUGGGCUACCUCCCCAGCGAUAUAAAUUGGUUGGAGCCCGCAUAGCCCUGAUAGCCACCACUCCCUGGAUGGCAAUUAUCAUUGGUCCGGAGGGUUUUAGGUGCGGAGCCUCGCUGAUCACCAGCCGUAAGUAUUUCGAUUUUCGAUUUAAGGAAAACCCAGCUGACCUUCAACCCACAGGUUUCGUUCUGUCGGCCGCCCACUGCCUUGGUGGCGGACCACUGUGAGUAACUUUGAUUUCCAAAGGUUAUGAUUCACUGAUUCUCUAACGCCACAGCAAGGUGCGUUUGGGGGAGUAUGAUCGAGAGACAGAACGGGAUUGCAGGCACUCACAGUGCAUAGACCAGGCCCA